UAAUGGGAAUUUCAAGAGAUAGUCGACAUAAGAGAAGACUUACAGGAGGUCGUAUGCCAAUUCACAAAAAGAAGAGAGCAUUUGAGAAGGGAAGACAAGCUGCAAUGACAAAAUUGAUAUCUGGAGAAAAAAGAGUAAGAAGAAUUAGAGUUAGAGGAGGAAAUUUCAAAUUUAGAGCUCUUCGUUUAUCUGAAGGCAAUUUCUCUUGGGCAAGUUAAGGUGUUGCCAAAAAAGCAAAAAUUGUUGAGGUUGUUUAUCAUCCUUCCAAUAAUGAAUUAGUGAGAACAAAAACUUUAACAAGAGGAGUUAUUGUUUAAGUUGAUGCUACACCAUUCAAAUUAUGGUAUGCCAAAAAAUAUAAUGUUGAAUUGGGACCAAAAAAGAAAGAUAAAAAAGUAAUUAUUAUAUUAAGACAUUAGGAUGCACCAGCUGAAUAAACUAAGAAAUCAAAUUCUCUUUAAAAAAAACUUGCAUAAAGAGUAAAAGAAAAUGUGAUUGAUUAAUUGGUUUAAGAGUAAUUCUCUAAUCAAAGAUUGUUGGUUAGAAUAACUUCAAGACCUGGUUAAUCAGGAAGAGCUGAUGGUUAUAUUCUAGAAGGAAAAGAAUUAGAAUUCUAUAUUAAAAAGAUUGAAUAAAAGAAAAAAUGAUA